AGAGAACAAUUUCUAUGAAGAAUAAAACUACUUAAUUCUGGAAGACCUCUCAAAGCACAGUUAGCAUUGGAGCAGGAGAAAAAUAUGAAGAAACAAUCCAUCUGACUCUCUCUGCCUCUCACACAAAAUAAAAAAUGGCUCUUUAUAAAAAGACUGUUGCGAGUGUCUUAGAGGAACCCCUUUUUGCUUGCAGACAGAACCAGAAUGUUAGGAAAAAACUAAGACUGAUACGAAUAAUAGGGCUUCUUGUGAGUAUAAUGGCCAUUAGUACUUUCUCUCUUUCAAUUAGUGCCUUUUUCAAGACCGAGUCACAUAGCACAGAGCCGGCCAGCAGCCUCGAUAGCCAACGGCUAGCGCAUGGGCACCAAAGAACUCUCUUGGAUUUCACAGAACUGAGUGGAGGCAGCACCCCAGACACUCUUGUCACUAUGAGUUACAAAGCUGAGGACAGCAACGCCACAGAAGAUCACGCCAAGGGAGAAUACCCAGAGGACCUUUUCUCUCUGGAGGAAAGAAGAAGGGGAGCAGUCAUCCUCCAUGUCAUUGGGAUGAUCUACAUGUUCAUAGCCUUAGCCAUAGUCUGCGAUGAGUUCUUCGUUCCUUCCUUGACUGUCAUCACUGAAAAACUGGCCAUAUCUGAUGAUGUGGCUGGGGCAACCUUCAUGGCUGCUGGUGGCUCGGCCCCUGAGCUCUUCACUUCUUUGAUUGGAGUAUUUAUAUCCCACAGUAAUGUCGGCAUUGGGACAAUAGUGGGGUCUGCCGUGUUCAAUAUCCUAUUUGUUAUUGGAAUGUGCGCUCUGUUUUCUAGAGAGAUCCUAAACCUCACCUGGUGGCCACUCUUUCGAGAUGUGUCCUUCUACAUCAUUGACUUGAUCUUGCUAAUCAUCUUCUUUCUGGAUAACUUAAUUAUGUGGUGGGAAAGCUUAGCGCUACUGACAGCGUAUUUUUGCUAUGUGACUUUCAUGAAGUUCAAUGUGCAAGUAGAAGAAUGGGUGAAAAGAUUUUUGAAUAGGAACAAGGUUGAGAAGGUAACAGCAGCAGACUCUGAAGGAAAGUCACCUAAUGCCGGAGAGAAGGAUGACCAAACCCUGACGACAAAGCCACGGCUCCAGCGGGGAGGAAGCUCUGCCUCUCUCCACAACAGUCUAAUGAGGAACAGCAUCUUUCAGCUCAUGAUUCACACCCUUGACCCACUUGCUGAAGGAAAGUUCAAGGAGAGGGCCUCAAUUCUUCAUAAGAUUGCCAAAAAGAAGUGCCAGGUGGAAGAUGGCGAGAGGCGGAACGGACCUGCUAGUCACGAAAAAAGUACAAAAGUGGAAGUUGCAGUAACACCACCAAGUGAUUCAGGACCAGUGCAGAAUGGGAUCGCCCAUAACGUGGAAGAAGAGAAUGAAGAAGAGGACGAGGACCAGCCUCUCAGCCUGGCCUGGCCCGACACCCCGCGCAAACAAAUCACCUACCUGAUUGUUUUACCCAUUGUUUUCCCAUUGUGGGUUUCCCUCCCAGAUGUCAGGAAUCCUAAGUCAAGAAAAUUUUUUCCAAUCACAUUUUUUGGUUCAAUCAGUUGGAUUGGAUUUUUUUCUUACUUAAUGGUCUGGUGGGCACAUCAGGUUGGAGAAACCAUUGGUAUUAGUGAGGAGAUCAUGGGAUUGACUAUUUUAGCAGCUGGCACAUCUAUUCCUGACCUAAUUACCAGUGUUAUCGUAGCACGCAAAGGUCUAGGGGACAUGGCUGUGUCCAGCUCUGUUGGAAGUAACAUCUUUGACAUCACAGUGGGCCUUCCUCUUCCAUGGCUCUUAUAUGCUGUGAUCAACAGCUUUGCCCCAGUGACGGUCAGCAGCAACGGUUUGUUCUGUGCAAUCGUCCUGCUCUUCAUUAUGCUGCUCUUCGUCAUCCUCUCCAUCGCGUUCUGCAAGUGGAGGAUGAAUAAAAUAUUGGGCUUUCUUAUGUUCGGGCUUUAUUUUGUGUUCCUGGUUGUCAGCGUCCUCUUGGAGGACAAAGUGAUACAGUGUCCUGUCUCCAUUUAGUGGAAAGUGCCGUUUCUUGAGGAAAAAUUAUAUAAAUAUUCAAAUACAUAUAUAUAUAUAUAUAUAUAAUGAA